AUGACCGACACGGACAACACCGGCGGCGGUUUCCACGUGCUGAUGCGCAUCAUCCGCAUGGCACUGGAAUACCGGUGGCUCAUCGCCAUCGGCUUCGUGUUCAUCGUCGGCGCUUCGAUCUUCCAGCUCUUCAUCCCAUUGCUCAUUGGCAACGGGGUUGAAACCGUUGAACAGAUUUUCACCUCUGAAAAUCCUGACACCGACGCACUUCGGUGGACAUUGGUGACUAUCGCCGGAAUGCUUCUCGGUUCUGCUUUGCUCCGUGGUGUCUUCACCUACGGGCACAUGUACAUCAGCGAAAACUUGGCGCAACGCCUCGGUUACCGGCUCCGGAUGCUCUACUACGAGAAGUUGCAGCGUCUGAGUUUCGCGUAUCACGACCGCGUCCACACCGGCGACCUGCUGACACGAGGUUUGCUCGACAUUGAGGGCGUGCGUGCAUUCGCAAGCCGCGGAAUGCUCCGGGUUGUCUAUCUCGCAAUCUUCGUCGGAACCGGCACCGUUUUGAUGAUGCGCGAGGACUGGCAGCUAGCGUUGAUCAGUCUCAGUUUCGUACCGAUCGCAGCAUGGAGGUCCAUUGUCGCGAGACUGCAAACUUCUCGAGGUUGGAGACGGUACCAAGAAGAAAUGGGACAGCUAACCAAGAUCAUGGACGAAAAUUUGAAAGGUAUUCGAGUCGUCCGAUCCUUCUCGGCUGAGCCAUACGAGCUUGUCAAAUACGACAUAUCCUCCAACGAGGCAUUCAAUCGUGCCUACCAAUUGGUCACAGUUCGAGCCACCAAUCUGACAUUCAUAACCUUAGCUUUCUUUGGUGCAAUGUCUUUGGUCCUGCUGGUCGGUGGACUUAAGGUCCUUGACGAAGCCAAUCCAUUCUCCCUCGGCCAACUCGCACAGUUCCUAGCCUUCAUGAGCAUCAUGCAAAACCCCGUUCGACAGCUUGGCAUGGUCGUCGCAGGAUGGGCGCGCGGUGCAACCUCCGGUAAAAGACUCUUCGAAGUCCUCGAUCAAGUCCCUGAAAUCGACGACAAACCGGGUUCAAAAGAUCUUGUCAUCACCGGGGGCGUACUUCGUUUCGAGCACAUCGACUUCGCCUAUAUGGACCAGUUCGGUGAUGAGCAAGUCCUCACUGACGUCACGUUCGAAGCCCGUCCGGGCCACACCAUCGGCAUCGUCGGUCCACCGGGUUCCGGCAAGUCCACUCUCGCACAUCUCAUUCCGCGUUUCUACGACCCGAUCGCCGGACGCAUACUUAUCGAUGACCAAGACAUCUCAGAAGUCACCCUCGCCUCGCUCCGAAGCGCCGUCGGUGUAGUUGAACAAGACACGUUCCUGUUCACCACGACCAUCGACAACAACGUCGCCUACGGAGAUCCUUGGGCUGAGCACCGAAGCAUUGAGAGUGCGACCUCGAAUGCCCAGAUGGGCGAAUACGUCGAAAGACUUCCCAGCGGGUAUGGGACGUUGGUCGGCGAACGCGGCGUCUCACUAUCUGGCGGCCAACGCCAACGCCUCUCGAUCGCUCGUAGCAUAAUGCUCCAUCCCCAGAUCAUCGUCUUCGAUGACUCGACCGCCGCGAUUGACGCCGCAACCGAACAACGUAUCCGAGCCGCACUUCAAGAAGUCACCGCUGACCGCGCAACCAUCAUCAUUUCGCACCGCCUCAGCUCUCUCAUGCACGCCAACGAAAUCCUCUUUUUGGAGGGCGGCAAGAUCGUCGAACGCGGCUCUCACGCCGAACUCCUUGAGCAAGGCGGCAAGUAUCGUGAUCUUUACGAACUGCAAAUUAGGCCUGAAGACGACAACUUCCAAACCAAGGGCGAGGUUUAG